GGCACCUGCUCGGCCAGCUUCUGGAAAGGAGGGUGGGCAUUGCAGCCAGAGCCUGGCCCAAUCUGAGGGGUCCAGGGAAGGGCUCUGGCUCAGAGAAGUGGAGGCGCUCAAAGAUGGGGAAACUCUGAGGGCGAAGAUGGGAUGGGGAGGCUCAGGGAGACGCUGGAGGCUGGAGAGGGAAGGACCGCUCACCCGAGCUGGGGGUGAGAGGCUGCUUCAGGCCCUUGGCUCUCCCCGCUUGAUUCCCCUUGGGGCUGAAGUCUGAGCUCACAGAGUUUCUAUGUGUGACCAGCCCCUCCCAGCCUCCGGAGUGGGGAGAGAGGGGUCAAGCACAAAGCUGGGGCUGGUAGGUCCAAGGGGAGCAGCUCCCAAGUCAGAAACUGAGGCAUCUGCCCAGCGCUGGGUCUCCCGGCUGCACUUCUCCCUCUGAGAAGUGGGUUUCCCGAGUGUCUCAGAGCUGAAGGCAGUGACUGACGCUGCAGUUGUAUUUGCUCACUUGCGUUUCCAGAGGGACACAUACACUUGUGCACACACGUGCCCACAUGUGCAACACACACAGGUACAUGCUUGCAAAGUGUGCACACCCCAGACAUGUACACACUGCGUAGACAUGCAUACAAUGCCCUGUGUGUACACGCACACACAUGCCACACAUACGUGUGUAAUACAACACACAUGCCGCAUGGGCUCACAUAGAUAUAUUCACAGAUGCAUGCAUACGCACUACACACACGCGCGCAAUACAGACACACAAAGGGAUCCCCAGAAGCACAUUCACACCCACAGGCGCCCACACCAUGCGCUCCAGCCCCAAAUGUGCCUCUGUUGCUCCGUGGGUCUGUGGGUGCACAGCCACCUCCAGAGCCCUGACCCCCCUCCUGUUUCUCUCAUCCCCGUGACUGGCUUGUUUUGCUCAUUUCACUUGGCACCUCUGUAAUCACUGCAUCAGUCGAGUCCUCGUUGGUACUCUGCCCCCUCCUGCAGGGGGAGCUUGUCCGUGUGCCCCAGUGCCCCCAGCCCCAGUCCCAGGCUGGCACGAAGUAGGCACACAGAGUUGCUGAAUUAAUCCCAUCCCAGGGCAGAGUCCAGGGCGGCUCAAGGCUCCUCCACACGCGCCCGCUGAACCCCGAGUGCCCUGAGCCGCGGGGAUGGGGCGGGCCGAGGCCGCCGCCAUGAUCCCGGGCCUGUCCCUGCUCUGGGUGGCAGCGCUGGGGGGUGCUGCCCCCGGCACCCCACGCCUUCGCCUCUCCUUCCAAGAGCUCCAGGCCCGGCACGGUCUCCGGACCUUCAGGCUGGAAAGGACCUGCUGCUAUGAAGCUUUGCUGCUGGAUGAGGAGCGUGGGCGCCUGUUUGUGGGCGCCGAGAACCACGUGGCCUCCCUCAGCUUGGACAACAUCAGCAAGCGGGCCAAGAAGCUGGCCUGGCCGGCCCCUGUGGAAUGGCGCGAGGAGUGCAACUGGGCAGGGAAGGACAUUGGCACCGAGUGCAUGAACUUCGUGAAGUUGCUGCAUGCCUACAACCGCACCCACUUGCUGGCCUGUGGCACAGGGGCCUUCCACCCAACCUGUGCAUUUGUGGAGGUGGGCCAGCGGCUGGAGGAGCCCAUGUUCCGGCUGGACUUCCGAAGGCUAGAAGAUGGCAAGGGCAAGAGUCCUUAUGACCCCAGGCAUCGGGCUGCCUCGGUGCUGGUGGGGAAAGAGUUGUACUCGGGAGUAGCCGCAGACCUCAUGGGCCGGGACUUUACCAUCUUCCGCAGCCUGGGUCAGCGUCCAAGUCUCCGAACAGAACCACAUGACUCCCGCUGGCUCAACGAGCCCAAGUUCGUCAAGGUCUUUUGGAUCCCAGAGAGUGAGAACCCAGACGAUGACAAGAUCUACUUCUUCUUCCGUGAGCUGGCAGUGGAGGCCACGCCGGCACUGGGACGCCUCUCUGUGUCCCGCGUUGGCCAGAUCUGCAGGAAUGACGUGGGUGGCCAGCGCAGCCUGGUCAACAAGUGGACUACAUUCCUGAAGGCGCGGCUGGUGUGCUCAGUGCCUGGUGCUGAGGGUGAUACGAACUUUGACCAGCUCCAGGAUGUGUUCCUGUUGUCCUCACGGGAUCGCUGGACCCCGCUGCUCUAUGCUGUCUUCUCCACAUCCAGCAGCAUCUUCCAGGGCUCCGCAGUAUGCGUGUACAGCAUGAGUGAUGUGCGCCGGGCCUUCCUGGGGCCCUUUGCACACAAGGAGGGGCCCAUGCACCAGUGGGUGUCCUACCAGGGCCGUGUCCCCUACCCCCGACCUGGCAUGUGCCCCAGCAAGACCUUUGGCACCUUCAGUUCCACCAAGGACUUUCCUGAUGAUGUCAUCCAGUUUGCCCGGAACCACCCCCUCAUGUACAAUUCAGUCCUGCCCAUGGGGGGGCGCCCCCUCUUCCAACAAGUGGGUGCCGGGUACACCUUCACCCAGAUCGCUGCGGACCGUGUAGCAGCUGCGGAUGGAUACUACGACGUCCUCUUCAUUGGCACAGAUGCUGGCACAGUGCUGAAGGUGAUCUCCGUCCCUAAGGCGGGCUGGCCUAAUGCUGAGGGGCUGCUCCUGGAGGAGCUGCACAUGUUUAAGGACUCAGCUGCUGUCACCAGCAUGCAAAUCUCCUCCAAGAGGCACCAACUGUACGUAGCCUCUCGGAGCGGGCUGGCCCAGAUCCCGUUGCACCGCUGCGCUGCCCACGGCCGCGCCUGUGCGGAAUGCUGCCUGGCACGCGAUCCCUACUGCGCCUGGGAUGGGGCCGCGUGCACGCGCUUCCAGCCCAGUGCCAAGAGGCGGUUCCGACGGCAGGAUGUAAGGAACGGUGACCCCAGCACACUGUGCUCCCGAGACUCAUCCCAUCCCGCGCUGCUGGAGCGGAAGGUGUUCGGCGUGGAGGGAGGUAGCACCUUCCUGGAGUGUGAGCCCCGAUCGCUCCAUGCGCGCGUGGAGUGGACCUUCCAGCGCUCAGGGGAGGCGGCCUACACUCAGAUGCCGGCGGAGGAGCGCACGGAGCGCACGACGCGGGGGCUGCUGCUGCGCGGGCUGCGGCGCGGGGACGCGGGCGUGUACCUGUGCGCAGCGGUGGAGCAGGGCUUUUCGCAGCCAAUGCGUCGCCUGGCGCUGCACGUGCUGAGUGCUGCGCAGGCUGAAAGGCUGGCCCGGACCGAGGAGGCCGCGCCCGCCGCGCCGCCGGGCCCCAAGCUCUGGUACCGGGACUUCCUGCAGCUGGUGGAGCCAGGUGGCGGUGGUGCGAACUCCCUGCGAAUGUGUCGCCCGCAGCCCGCCCCGCGCCCACCGCCGACUGAGUCGCGGAGGAAGGGCCGCAACCGGAGGACACACGCCCCAGAACCGCGUGCUGAGCGGGGGCCGCGCAGCGCGGCGCACUGGUGACGCGGCUGUCCCCACGCUGGGGACUGGGGAGGAGGCAGCAGAAGGGAGGGGGGCGGUCAGACGCUGGGAAACGGCUACGGGGCCGGCACACAGCGGUUCCUGGCGGAGGGAAGACAUCGACCGACAGGCCCUGGCCAAGGGGCAGCCAUGCCGGCUUAUUUAUUAACAGAGGAUAACCCUUGAAUGUAACCCUGAUAGGGGAGGCCCAGGCUGUGCACAGGGUCCAGCUGGUCGGGAGGAAGCAGAGAAGCAGGGUCCCCGAGCAACGACCCGGGUGGGGGAGAUGCCCGGAAUGCCCGCCCUGGGGGAAGGACCACCUCUCUGGGCAAUGAGCAGAAAGCUGUGAACAGGCUGGGUGGAUGGGGGUGGGGCAGGCCGACUGUACUAAUGCAAUAAACACAUUAUCAGCUGAAGCUGGAAUGGCCCCAGCAGACAA